CUGGGGUUCCUAUUAGUGUCACCGGAUACAGAUAGGAUUGGCACAUAUUAAUUCUCACAUAGCCCACGGUCUAAACAGCUAAUGUGGUUCGAGUUUGUCUAGGUAAGGAUAUUAGAUAAUUAUUUCCUGCUAGAAAGGAUCAUCCCCGACUUCUUCUCGUAUACUCCGCUUCGCUACUUCACGUUGAAAUAUCGCGACGCAACGAAACGAAACGAAACGCUCGAGAGAUGUCGGAUACUACUAUAUAUAAUGCGGGCUGGGCUAUUCGCCGUGAAAAUACAUGUCUUAUUACGAAAGAAGUCGACUGCGGUAAGACAGCGGGGGACUUUCACGCCUGCUGUCCGUCGUCGACGGAAUGUCCGAGUCAGUAUAACGUCGCGUGCUGCCCGUCGGGCAAGAACUGCACAUCGGCGCUUGUCACGAAACCGCAUUGCGCGAACUCGUCAUGGAUCAUGUACGACAAUGGAGGAUAUUUCUGCUGCGAACAGGGCCAGGUUGGGUAUGAUAUGAGUGGUUCCGAUGGGUGCAUUAAAUCUGGUGCGAAGCUGCCGGAUGGCGCGUCGCCCUUUGCGGUCAUUGAUCAAGUUACACCGUCCCCGAGUUCGUCCUCAUCUAGUACAGCGUCGCCGACUUCGACACCAUCGCAAACACAAUCACCGUCUUCCGAUUCGAGUAGUAGCGGCUCUCACACAGGCGCGAUAGUAGGAGGUGUAGUUGGAGGAGUAGCAGCAAUCGCAAUUAUCGCAGCGGCCAUAUUUUUCUUUCUUCGAAGGAGGAAAAGCCAAGCCGGGAAUGACGGUGUCGAAUACACGCCAUAUGUUGAGAAAGACGCCACACCAAUGACACCGGCGAAAAUAACGACACCAGCUCAUUCAGAAAUGGAUGGCAUGAGCCGAGUUGAGCUGCCGCCGAACGAAGGCCCUACGAGGACGUACGAAUUAGCAUAGAACGCGCGAAUGAGUGAAUAUUGACAAAUGAUUUACUUCGUGAAA